GCGGCCUUCAGCGGCACAGCCAUCUAGCUAAGUUAUUUUAGCUAAAAGGAAAUAAAAGCAUUUCUCCUACUUUUAGACAACCGACGUGAGGUUUGUUUGGAAUAAAGAUCCAUUCAUGUGCUGACUGAGGAGCGGAUAGUUCAACGCACAACCAUCAUGUCCGCAGAGUGUCAGGACAGGAAGAGCCGCUGGCAGGAGAUCCAGAAGGGCUUGCAGUUCAUCCAGUCAACUCUUCCAUUUCCAGGAAACCAAGAGCAGUAUGAGGUGUUCAUUAAGGACCUUGUGUGGAAUCUUUUCGGAGAAGGAAAUGACGUGUUUAACGAGGGGGAAUGGACCAAAUCCAUCGAGAUGUACACGGAAGCUUUGAACAUAGCGGAGUACGCCGACUCUGAGGAUAUCAGUGUUCCAACUGGUUUACUAGAGACGCUGUACACAAAUCGGGCGGCUGCAUACCUAAAUGUUGUUCCGGGACUGUACGACCAAGCACUAGAAGACUGUGAAAAGGCUCUCCACUUGAACGAGGGGAACUAUAAAGCCCUGUACAGAAAAGCAAAAUCUCUGAAGGAGAUGGGGAGAUAUCAGGACGCCUACGAGACGGUUGCCAAAUGCUCUUUAGUUGUGCCCCAGGAUCCCAGUGUUACACAGCUGACUCAGGACCUGGCCAAAAUUUUGGGAUUGAAAAUCCGUAAAGCUUAUGUGAGGAGUAAGCCUGCCUUGAAUGUUAUGCGGGGAUCAAACUAUCAAGAUGCAUCAUGUGACAAGUUUUCCCAUGGCUCCUCUUCAGUUGAAGAUAUAGACGUUGAAGUGCCUCAGUUGACCCGGGACGGCAGCGUUUUGGCUCCGGUCCUGGCUCCCAUCCCCGCUCCAGUGGCAGCGCGGCCGCCCCUGAAUGAUGCCGUGGUGGACGACUUUCUUCCCAAAAACAGUAUCUCAUCGGUGACCCCGUCUGAACCUCCGGGCUUCGAGAACUUUGUCCUGCCCGGGUCUGUGCCCACGUUAGCCCCUCUGCCUGUGCACGCAUUUGUAAACGGGUGCAGAAGCCCGGACCCUUGUCCUACACUUGAAACCAGUUCGGAUUUUGACACAGACAUUAUUGGGGAUGACCUAGAUGAUCUUCUGGACCAAGCGGACUCCGACAUGGUUAUACCCACAGUGAAGGGCCCUCUUCCUCUGCCCAUCAGUAUUGCCUCGGGCAGUUCCAUGUCGAGUCCAUUCCAUAUGCCAUCUCACAUCAACCCGUUUCUCCAGCAGUGCACUGUGACUCUGCCCCCGCUGUAUCACAAAUCAGGGACAAGUACAUAUUUUGAUAUGGACACUUUUGAUACCCUGCCCCCACCACUGGACUCCCUAGAUACGCUCACCAUGACAGACUUCAAAACGGAUUAUGUCUCAAAUCCGUUCAUUCCACUGCUUGACAAUAAGGAAACCCCCAUGGGGAUGGCAGUGGGUAUGCCUGAGGUGAAGGGUCUUCCUGCUGCUGUGGAUUUAGCAAAGAGCCCGUUAGCUGAAACACAUGAAUUCAAACAAGCCUGCUCGAUGUGCUUUGUCAGAACUGGGCCACGUGUGUUGGAUUACACAUUUCUUACCGAAGAGCAUAAAUGCAAAAAGGAUGCAUUUAUUGGCAGAAUCAAACACUCGGCAGAUAAAUCAUGGAAGCUCAUUCGGCCCAGACCAACAAAAACCCAAUAUGUGGGGCCAUAUUACAUUUGCAAAGAGGUGGCAGUUGGAAAAGAGUGCCUGUACCCUGGCCACUGCACGUUUGCAUACUGUCAAGAAGAGAUUGAUGUUUGGACUCUGGAGCGAAAAGGGUUUAUCUCCAGAGAACUGCUCUUUGAUCCUUAUGGACCCCACUCCAACAUCCGGUUGAGUGUACCCAAAAUCUUACAGGAGCAUCAUGGGAUUUUCAUGUUUCUCUGCGGAGUCUGCUUUGACCACAAACCCAGAAUAAUCAGCAAAAGAAACAAAGACGACACUUCAUAUUGCUCUCAUCCAGUGACGGAGCAUGUCUUCGAGGACCAUAAGUGCAUGGUCCACAUUUUGAAGGAGACCACGGUCCGAUAUUCUAAAAUCCGGCCGCUGAUUCUCCAUUGCCAGCUGGAUCUCUGUCGCCAUGAAGUCCGCUACGGCUGCGUGAGAGAGGACGAGUGCUUCUACGCCCACAGCCUCAUCGAGCUGAAGGUCUGGAUGAUGCAGCACGAGCUUGGUAUUACUCAUAAAAGUAUUGUCCAAGAAGCAAAGCAGUUUUGGAACGCAACAGCAUCGUUGCAGGGAGUCCAGCCCACACAGAGGAGGUUCGGGCCUCCAAAUCUGAAGAUGAUGUUUGUCUGUGGCCAGUGCUGGAGAAAUGGCCAAAUGAGCGAAGCCGACAAAAACAAGAAGUAUUGCUCAGCCAAGGCAAGACACACGUGGGCGAAAGACAGACGGGUGGUGCUUGUAAGUUCCCACGAGAGGAAAAAGUGGACGACAGUUCGAGCGCUUCCAACCAAAAAGCCGAUCCCGUCUCAGUUUGAGAUUUGCAUGCACGUGACUUCUGGAAAGAAGUGUCAGUACAUCGGGAACUGCACAUUCGCUCACAGUGUCGAAGAACGGGACCUGUGGACCUAUAUGAAGGAAAACAACAUUCCAGAUAUGGAUCAGCUUUAUGAGCAGUGGCUGCAGUCACAGAAGCCUGGCUGGGGGGAUGAGACCUCGGGUAACUCUGUGAGGGAGAACGGCAAACAGAUCCACAUGCCCACAGACUACGCAGAGGAAGUGGCUGGCAAUCACUGUUGGCUGUGUGGUAAAAACUGCAACAGCGAGAAGCAGUGGCAGCAGCACAUCACGUCGGAAAAACACAAAGACCGGGUUUUCAACUCCGAGGACGACCAGAACUGCUGGCAGUAUCGAUUUCCCACGGGCACUUUCAAAGUUUGUGAGAGGUUCCUCAAAGACACGUGCACAGAGGAUGACUCCUGUAAGAUGGCUCAUGGUGAGCAGGAGCUAAAAGAGUGGACGGAGCGCCGGGAAUUCCUUUUGAUGAAACUUGCCAAAGCCAAAAAGGACCAUCUUAUAGCACCCAAUGACAAUGACUUUGGAAAAUACAGUUUUCUGCUUAAAGACAUCAAAUAAUAUGGUGACAAGAUCCAUGCUCACUGGAUGACAAUGCAGUAUUCCAACAGUUCUGAAUCAGGUGAUCAUUGAGAGCCUCUGAGAUGCACAGGAAGCAGCCUGAUCACAGCAUGGUUUUAAAGAGGGCGUUCGGGGACCGGCCCUCUGUUGGUGGCUUGUUUACUCUGAUCCGAAGUACAGGAGUGUUAACAGCAAAUUAUUAGUGUAAGACACUUUAAGCUUUGCUAUGCACCUUUUCCGUAGAAGAUCUGAAAUCGGUGUUGAAAAUAGCAUGUGUAAACCCUGAUCAGAGACGUGUUCAGAUACCUAACAGUUGACCUAAAAAAAGUUAAAAUUUUCACAAGCAGUUUGUAUGUUGAUGACUUUUCUUUUUUUUCCAAGUUUUAAGUAUGGGAUACUUAAAAUACCAUUCUUUUAUUUUUAUCCAUCAACAUAAGUCAUUUUUCCUUUUUAUCUUAUAGUGUUACCAUUGUAAUGGGCACCACACCAAAUAAAGCUUCUUUUA